UUGCUCUAUGCAAAUCACAUUCGCGCCGAGUGGUUCUUAUGAAGGAAGACAGUUCUCUAGUGACAGCCUUUGAGAAAGCAGCAGCUUCUGGUUGCAACUCUGUCUCUGAGAAGCUUGUCGCUAACCAUGAAUGUUUCUACAGCAUUUCUGUGUUUCUACCUCGUAUUUGCACGGGAAGGCAAUGCCCAGAGCAAGAUUGAAGAAUCAAACAGGUACAUGGACAGCCUGCUUGCGGAAGCAUUCUCUCAAAAGACCGGCGAACAUGAAGCAAGAACGAUACUACCAACGUUCACCUUUGGGUAUCGGCGGUUCCCUGCUGAUUUGUUUGAUCAUUACGAUCAGCGAUCACUGCGAAGUGCACUUCACCACGGCACGUCUAGUCGAGGCUUCUCACCCGUCCAUCACGUUCUACGCAAGAGGCACGACGGCGGUUCUUACAACGGGAAGCCUUGGGGCACACCCAGGGGUCGUGCCUGGCCAUCUUCUAGGGGAGACCCCAUACCGUUACCAGACACUUCACCAUUGUAUUCGAGGACCUUAUCACACCAUAGAAAAGGUGACAGAGCUGCUAGAGCCGCCGAACGGCGUUCUGGAUAUCGUACUGUUACGCUUGACGGCAGAGAGACUCGUGAGCCUUUUGCCAAGGCCAGAGUUGCCCGUUCUUAUCAAAAUGUCAUCGAUGCCCUCUUACAAGCCGAUGUCGUGUUCUUCAGACAGAGCAGACGACUCGGGGACUGUUCGCCACCUACGCGACGUCUAGGCAAAGACGUUACCCUGUCCUGUUAUGUGUCAUUGGAUGGAAUGACAGUCAUAUUUUCGGGAUGUGCGUCCACAUUCUGUGGUGAUCUUCAUUUCGUCGACCAUCUCCGUCUUUACUCAGAGCUGGUGAACUCGACGGCAUUCAUCGAAGUGACGUCUUCGUCAGGCUCCAGACCCUGGCUUUCUGUGUGGAGUACUCUGUACUUCGAACUACUGGAUGAUACGACCUUCUUUUCGUCGUUAGGCAGAUUGUCGAAAAAAGAUACUAAAAUCCUCGUCAUGUGGGUCGCAAACAUUCUGGAUGGUGAACUGAGAGACUACGUCGCCGGAGUCAUUCAGAAUACAACUCUCCCGCAGCCAUAACCUCUCGUACCGAAUCGUCUGUAUACGCAUAUCGUACCUAAACUAAUUUUUACUUCCCACACGGCGCGUGACACACCCAAAACCCAAGUCGUGGAUGCUACUUUUUGUAUCAGCAACGCUUCAGUGUGACAAGGAGAAGUCUCCAACAUUCGUCUUAAUGACGGCGACCGACCCUCCACAAGCAGCACGCCAAUACUGGACCCAUGUGGGCUGCCAGGAUUACAAAUAUUGGUGGAACCAGGCUUCAUAUUGGACCAACAUGGGCUGCCUAUAUGCGUAAUGACAAUGCCAUUGUGAUACGCACUGACUACCAACCUUUCUUUGCUCAACGCACCUCUGUUGCAGUUCAGAAAAACGUUAUCACAAC